UCUCAUAAUUUUAUCCCAAAGAAAGUGUAGCGUACGUUGUUAUUUACUCAGUUUCUCCCGAGCUGCGUGUAAAAUUAUAAGUGGACUGACCGAGCCUGACCGACAUUUUACGUGCUGGCUUGACGUUAACGGUCCCCGGCUGGACUGGGGUAACGUUAAUGAUGUCCCCCCGUGGAAACUACUAACUAACGUUAAACGUAUUCAACAGACGUACACAGGAGAUUCUACUGAACACGAUUUGAAGGGGAACCACUUGGGCGGAAGGGCGGAUGCUGCUAGCUGCUUGUAGCUCGACCAGCUCCACACGGAGGAGGACAUAGUGGAUUCCGUUGGGAAGCUGUAGAUCAUCGCCGGGCGGCUUUGUGGGGAUCUCUCUCGGUUGUACGUGUAGGUUAGCGGUGUCAGCGCUGGAAUGAAUCCACCGAGCCUCCACGCCCCUGUGGCUCUAAAUUAGCCUGGAAUAUGAGCAGAAGAAGAAGAUAAGCGGCGGCUGGCUUCCUGCGGGGUUUUGCCAAGGCUUUUUUGUUUUUCCGUGGACAUGCCUGGUCUAUGGAGCAAAGCUGAGCGAAGCUAGCUGGCCGACAGUCCGGCUAGCGCAAUAUUUCCAGGCUUUUGGAUGAUUGUUUAGCUGAACAGCUGAUUUGUUUUGGAUCAGCGCUACCACCCCUCCCUGGUUAAGGAGUCAGCAUGGGGGAGCCCAGCCUGGACGAUGCCAAUGUCAAGGUGGCUGUUCGCCUACGGCCCAUGAACAGGAGAGAAAAGGAAUUAAACACUAAAUGUGUUGUGGAGAUGGUGAAGAACCAGACGAUCCUCCAUCCUGGCGGAGCUAACCUGGGCAAAGGAGACUCCAGGAAUCAGUCCAAGGUCUUUGCCUACGAUUACUGUUUCUGGUCCAUGGAUGAGACUGAUAAGGAGAAAUUUGCAGGUCAGGAUGUGGUCUUCCAGUGCCUUGGGGAAAGUCUUCUCCGUAAUGCCUUCCAGGGCUACAAUGCCUGUAUCUUUGCCUAUGGACAAACUGGUUCGGGGAAGUCAUACACCAUGAUGGGUUCAGGGGACCAGCCAGGUCUGAUUCCCCGGCUGUGCAGUGCUUUGUUUGAACGAACCCAGAAGGAACAGCGGGAGGAGGAGAGCUUUACCGUUGAAGUGUCCUACAUGGAGAUCUACAACGAGAAGGUCCGAGAUCUGCUCGAUCCCAAAGGAGGAAGACAAACUCUGAGGGUGAGGGAACAUAAAGUUUUGGGACCCUACGUGGAUGGCCUGUCUCGACUAGCUGUGGCCAGCUACAAGGACAUUGAGUCUCUGAUGUCAGAAGGGAAUAAGUCUCGGACUGUCGCUGCAACCAACAUGAACGAGGAGAGCAGCCGAUCGCACGCCGUCUUCAACAUCAUCCUCACACACACACUCAAAGACUUGAAGUCUGGGACGAGUGGGGAGAAGGUAAGUCGUUUGAGUCUGGUAGACUUGGCUGGAAGUGAGCGAGCAGCAAAGACUGGAGCAGCAGGAGAACGACUCAAGGAAGGAAGCAACAUCAACAAGUCUCUCACUACACUGGGCCUUGUGAUCUCGGCGCUAGCUGAACAGGGAACAGCCAAGAACAAGACCAAGUUUGUUCCUUACAGAGACUCUGUUCUUACAUGGCUGCUGAAGGACUGUCUGGGUGGCAACAGUCGCACAGCGAUGGUUGCAACUGUAAGUCCAGCUGCAGAUAACUAUGAGGAGACUCUGUCGACGCUGCGCUAUGCAGACCGGGCAAAGAACAUUGUUAACCAUGCUGUUGUUAACGAAGACCCCAACGCUCGCAUCAUCAGGGAGCUCAGAGAGGAAGUAGAGAAACUACGAGUACAGCUGACUCAGGCAGAGUCUUUGAAGGCUCCAGAGCUGAAAGACCGUCUGGAAGAGUCUGAAAAGUUGAUUCAAGAGAUGACCAUCACCUGGGAGGAGAAGCUUCGCAAAACUGAGGAGAUAGCACAGGAGCGUCAGAAGCAGUUAGAGAGUCUGGGUAUUUCUCUCCAGUCUUCAGGGAUUAAAGUUGGAGAUGAUAAGAGUUUUCUUGUCAACCUCAAUGCUGAUCCUGCCCUCAAUGAACUGCUGGUUUACUACCUGAAGGAACACACAAAGGUGGGCUCAGCAGACUCUCAGGACAUCCAGCUGUGCGGGAUGGGUAUUCAGGCAGAGCACUGUGUCAUCGACAUUACGGCAGAUGCCGCCGUAAUCCUCACCCCCUACCGCAAUGCCCGGACAUGUGUUAAUGGUUCUCCAGUAAGCAGUGCUCUGCAGCUUCACCAUGGCGACCGAAUCUUCUGGGGAAACAACCACUUCUUUAGAAUCAAUCUGCCUAAGCGGCGUUCUCGGGGAGCUGAAGAUGAGGAGGGUGAGGGUGGUGUGAUGAAGAACAGUGGCAGCAGUGAGCAGCUGGAUGCAGAUGGGGACACAGCCAGCGAAGUGUCCAGUGAAGUCAGCUUCUCCUAUGAGUUUGCCCAGACAGAGGUCAUGAUGAAGGCUCUGGGCAAUAACGACCCCAUGCAAGCAGUCCUCCAGUCUCUGGAGAGGCAGCACGAAGAGGAGAAGCGCUCUGCUCUGGAGCGACAGAGACAAAUGUACGAGCAGGAACUCCAGCAGCUCCGCAAGAAGCUAAACCCAGACCGUCUGUCCACGGGCCCAUCUGGAGGGCCGGUAUCCGGCCAGCAAGGUCCGGGACAGCAGUCUCACUACCGCAGCCUGGAAAGACUCAGUAUGGGAGGGAUGAGUCAUUCCACCAGCGCUCAGAGCAGACUGAGGCAGUGGAGUGAGGACAGAGAGGUGGUGUUGGUGAGGAGUCUGCGGCGGUUGAGGGAACAGAUAGUGAGGGCAAACCUCCUGGUACAAGAAGCCUGUUUCAUCGCAGACGAGUUGGAGCGACACACCGAGUACAGAGUCACUCUGCAGAUCCCAUCGGACAACCUCAACGCUAACCGCAAGAGAGAUGCAGUGCUCAGUGAACCAGCAAUUCAGGUUCGACGUAGGUGUCGAGGGAAGCAGAUCUGGAGUCUUGAGAAGAUGGAGAACCGUCUGGUUGACAUGAGAGAGCUGUACCAGGAGUGGCAGGACUACCACAUCCAUCACCAUGAUAACCCUGUGAUGCGUUCAUACUUCCGCCGAGCAGACCCGUUCUUUGACGAACAGGAAAACCACAGUCUCAUCGGCGUUGCCAAUGUCUUCCUUUCCUGUCUCUUCUACGACGUAAAGCUGCAGUAUGCUGUUCCCAUCAUCAACCAGAAGGGGGAGGUGGCAGGGCGUCUUCAUGUGGAGGUGGUGAGGGUUGGAGGGGGAUUAGAGGACAGCAUGGCUGGAGGAGAUGAUGCCGACAACAACCAAGACCCUGAAGUCCAGGAUCGCAAGCUGGUCUGCAUGAUUAAGAUCCUGCAGGCCACUGGUCUUCCCCAGUACCUGUCCAACUUCGUUUUCUGUCAGUAUGCAUUCUGGGACCAGCCUCAGCCCAUCAUCGUAGCUCCUGAAGUAGACCCAUCGUCCUCGUCGCCCAGUACCAAGGACCCACACUGCAUGGUGGUGUUUGACAGCUGCAAGGAGCUGGCAGUGUCAGUAACAGAGGAUUUCAUAGAAUACCUGACUGAAGGGGCAGUUGCCAUCGAAGUAUAUGGACACCGACAGUCCGAUGCAGGGAGAAACCCCGCCCUGUGGGACCUCAGCAUCAUCCAGGCCAAGACACGCACACUACGAGACAGGUGGAGUGAGGUAACACGUCGCCUGGAGCUGUGGAUUCAAAUACUUGAGAUAAACGAGAACGGAGACUUUGUCCCAGUGGAAGUGGUUCCUGCUAGAGAUGUGCGCACCGGGGGAAUCUUCCAGCUUCGGCAGGGUCAAUCGAGGCGAAUCCAGGUGGAAGUGCGUUCUGUUCAGGACUCGGGCACCAUGCCUCUGAUAGCAGAAAUACUGCUUGCAGUGUCAGUGGGUUGUGUGGAGAUCAGAAACACCACUGCGAACCAGGAAGGAGAUGAGAUGGACAGUUAUCAGGAAAGGGACCUGGAACGUUUGCGGAGGCAGUGGUUAGCUGCUCUCACCAAGAGACAGGAAUACCUCGACCAGCACCUUCAGAGCCUGGUCAGCAAAGCAGAAAAGACAGAGGAUGACAUGGAGAGGGAGGCCCAGCUGCUGGAGUGGCGCUUGACUCUGACAGAGGAGAGAAACGCUGUCAUGGUGCCCUCUGCUGGUAGUGGCAUUCCUGGAGCGCCUGCUGAAUGGGUUCCUCUGCCAGGCAUGGAGACCCAUAUUCCUGUCGUCUUCCUGAACCUCAAACCUGAUGACCUCAGCUCUCAAGACCAGUUUGAGGUUCCUGAGGCUGGAGGCUGGGAUGCCACCCUGAGUGGAGAGGAUGAGGACGACUUCUUUGACCUACAGAUCGUCAAACACUACGAUGGAGAGGUGAAAGCAGAGGCAUCAUGGGACUCUACAGUCCAUGAGUGUCCCCAACUAAGUCGUGGGGGAGCGUGGCCGGAGCAGCGGGUAUACCUGACUAUUCGGGUGGUGGUUCAGCUCAGCCAUCCUGCCGACAUGCAGCUGGUCCUGAGAAAGAGGAUCUGUGUCAACGUUAACCCGGGCCGUCAGGGCUUUGCCCACAACUUUCUCAGAAGGAUGUCCACCCGCAGCACCAUACCUGGCUGUGGGGUCACCUUCGAGGUGGUCUCCAACAUCCCCGGGGACGCUCCUGGUUCAGAGGACAGGGAGAUGCUGGCCCGGCUCGCUACCAGCGCACACAACAACCAGUCAGCUGAUGAGGAGGCUGCAAUUGAAAAAUACCUCCGCAGUGUCCUCAGUCUGGAGAACAUCCUGACUCUGGAUAGACUCAGACAGGAGGUGGCAGUGAAGGAGCAACUGACUAGCAGAGGGAAGAGCAGCAGACGGAGCCUAAGUUCGCCUUCUGUCAACAGGCUGUCUGGAAGUAGACAGGACCUGUCCACAACCUCCCUGCUGGAAGAUAAAGGUCGAUGGGAGAGUCAGCAGGAUAUCUUCAUGCCGUCUCAGUUUCACCGCACCCUCCCCCGGCCCGCCUCUUCCCCAUCUACUUACUCCACCUCCCCUUCUUCAUCCCCAACUCCCUUUGGCAUGACGCCCCCACAGAACCAGGACCCAGAGCAAGGUCGUUCAGGACUUGCUGCCUCUUAUCUUUCAGUUAAGGCGCUCGUUCCGCAGAUGCCCAAACUGCUCAAGUCUCUGUUUCCAGCGCGAGACGACAAGAAGGAGCUGAGACCUUCGCCACACAACCAGCAGCAUGUUCCUCGCAUCGUGACAUCAGGAGGGGACGACAACCGAGGCAAGGCUGAGACGACUGCAAUUCUGCGGCCCCCAACCAAAGACAGACGGGCCGAGUUCCCAGAAGUCCCUCCUCUUCCUGUGCAUGACCCGCAUGACAUCACCCCCCUCAGCCCCCUCAGCCAGUCAUCAAGCGGCUACUUCUCCAAUAGUGUUUCUACAGUUACCCUGUCUGACGUUCUUCAACCCUCCUCCUCGUCUUCCUCCCUCCUGGCUGCUGAGACUGCGCUACCCACAAACCCCCAGCAGCAGGGUGCUGACAGGAACGAUAUUGUGACUUCUUCUUCUCAGUGUGGCGCCAAGAUGGCCGUCGUGGCUCCACCUGCUUCCCACAGCUCAGCCAAUCACCACAACGUCACUGCGGAAAACUCCUUCAACUCAGGAGGAGGCGAAGGCUUGGAGAGGCUGGAGAUCUUUGUGGACGAUGAAGAGGGUAGCCAUGACAACGUACUGCCUGAUUGGCUGACAGAAGGGGCGUAUGUUACAGUAGGAAGCAAUAAGGCCGGGACAGUGCGCUACGUGGGAAUGACGCAGUUUGCUGAGGGAGUGUGGGUAGGGGUGGAGCUGGACACCCCUGUAGGUAAAAAUGACGGUUCAGUCGGAGAUCACCGGUAUUUCCACUGUAAACCGGGUUACGGGGUACUGGUUCGCCCAGACCGCGUGUCCUGCCGCAAUCGGACCAGUCGGCGCAUGGGAGAGUCUGUCUCUGCUGUCCACGUCCCCGUUCUGCGAGGAGAAGCCAUCAUUGCCCGCCGGGGGGAGAACCGCAAGUCCUGGAGCAGUUGAGACAGGAUAACUAGGAGCUGGACGGGAGAGAACUCCCCUACAGCCCUCCUCCUCUCUUCUUCUCCUCCUCCCAGCUAUGCAACAGGCUCACACAGCAGAACUGACACACUGCCUACCCUCCUUUAGUUUGAAACUAAAUUCACUACAUCCAUUCACAGGAAAUGGAUGGAAAUAGAAUUAAGAGUCAUAGAAGUCCAUGGAAGGACUAUUUAUCAUGUGGGAAGACGAUGCAAAAUGAAUGAAUGGGGGGGGGGGGGC